AUGUACUCCCCGAGACGCUUGGCUGAUACCUUUGCUUUAGAUAGACUAAAUGCUUUAUACAGAGCUCCAAUUAACAAAAAGUCCGAGGCCAAUGCAAAACUUCGACCAGCAGAAAUCAGACACCAAGAGAUCUGUGAUUCACUUAUUCAAAAUAUCAAGAAAGCUUACCCAAAAACACUAGUAGAAGCACAAAAUCCAAAUGAUACUCAAAAUGAAUUUCAAUCCAAUAAUAUUUUUACAUCAAAAUUAGCAGACAAGUAUAUAGAAAAAAUCGGCCAAGAAAAUCUCCAGACUGAUUUUAAAUCAAAUGAAAUUACGGAAGAAAAGAAUAAAAACUUCACUAAAAGUGCAUCAAAACUGCAUACAAAUUAUAUACAAAAAGUAAAUAUUUUGAAGCAAAAAGUCUCAGAAAAAUUUCAAAAUAUGAAAAAUGAGAUAGCUGAAGAUGUUGAAAAAGAAGAAAAAAAUUAUGAUGAAGAUAUAAAUAGUAAGUUAGAAAAUUUGAGCUGUGAAAUAAAAUCAAAAAGAAUAUUGAAUAGUAAUGAAAAGGUAUUGAGGCAAAAAAGCUUUGUAUCUGAGAUAAGAGGCAAGGAAAAUUUUAUUAGAAAUAAAUCAUAUUCAACAAGUCUUGAACACAAAGUAGGAGAAAAUUUAAGAAAAAAUUACACUAAGCCAAUUCUUCAAUCAGAAUUAAAAACAAAUCAAAAGUACUCUUCACUAAUUAUACCUUCUCUAAGCAAAGAUUCCAUACUUAAACCAAGUAUUUUAAUAAGAGACGCUAAAAAUAAAGACAUUAGGAGAAUUCCAAUACAGAGUAUAGAGUCAACUAAAUAUUCCACCUAUUAUCGUUAA